AUGGUACCCUUCAGACCUUUCCCGUUCACAUCAAAAGCUGUAUCAGUAAAGAAAAUCAAGAAGCUUGUUGAAGGAAGAUCUUACGGGUAUUUCACUACUAAUGAUGCACUGGGCGCACUGGAAACUUCUCAAUACCUUAAUUUAAGAAAUGAUCUCAAGCUUUUAUACAACACCACAAUGAGGAUGAUUGAGAAGAAAGCCGUCAAAGCUGCCCGAAUAAGAAGAAGCUAUGACGAGAUAGGAACAAUUCCGCCAGUAUUGCAUCUGUCAAGAGACGAAAAGCCUUUAAACGAAUCUGCAAUUUGGUCCCAUUUUUCUAAUCUCAAUUUGAGGGCGACACAGGAGGUCCCAUACUCUUUACAGAAUCUGUCCGGGGCCGGCAAAAACAGUUCAAAAUUGCCGUCGAUGCCGGGAGGUACAGCCUCAGCGAUAGAAUGGAAUGAAUUUAUUCAAAAGCUAGUAUCUUACAAUAACUUGAAUACUCAUUUAUCCCAAAACCGAAUAGACCAGGCUAUUGAGUCAGCACUCAAUGCCGCGGGACACAAACUUACUCUUGCAUCUUUCAACAAGAUCUUACUCCAUUUCUCUUGGAAAUAUGACUUGACGACUAUGACGGAAAUACUUCGCUCUCUGACCACAGUUUAUGAUUUAAAGCCCGACAUCCAAACUUACAACAUUUUUCUCGACACCAUCCUGCGGUCUCGUGCGAAACAUAGAGUCAGAAGAUGCGUAACGAUUUUGAAGAUGAUGAAACAGCAAGGUAUAACUCCAAACAAGUAUACCUGGAAUAUUAUAUGUGGAGGAUUGAAAGAUGUCCAUGAAAUCUUACAUUUUCUUCGCCAAUUCUACAAGUUUCAGAUUCCCUUACUGUGUCAAAGAAAUCUCGCAAAAGCUGGCAUUCAAUUCCCGAUAAUUAGAGAGAUAUUUGAUCCGGCAUCUAGAAUUGACUACAAUACCGCAUAUGAUUUGCUGUCAUUAGGUAUCAAGGUUAAACUUUUGGAAGACGGCCAGUUAAGAGACGCACUCACUUACAUGCGAAACGUUUGCAGUCAAAGCCAAAAUAGUGAUAAUUCUGCAUUUGUGCUGACUCCUAAAUUCAACAUCCUCAAGCUUUUCAUGAAUUACAUUUUGUUUGAACUGCAAAAUCUACCAUAUGCAAUAGCAUUCCUGCAGUAUUUUGAAAACUCUUACCCGAAUGUUAUGGACUCGGAUGAUAACAGAAAUCAGCUAUAUGCAAUAUUACUGACCUCAAUGAAGCAAUUCAAAGAUUCGCCAAUGUGGGAACCUUUAGUAAGAUACUUCUUCCAGAGGACAAUCGACGAUCAUGGAAGAACCAUUUUACCUACAAGCACAAUCAUCCAACUCACAGAAUUAGGAGAGCAAAAAUUGAAAGAUCAAUCGCAAAGGGAAACCGCUGAUACCUUCAAUAUAGCCGACAGUCCCACUUUGCUAGAAAGAACGACCAUCAACAAAAUCUUCAAGCAACUACGAUGGCCUGGGUCUGCAUACGGGGAACAGCCAAUAUGGGAGCUAGAAAGUAAUGCCCCCUCAUUUCGCCAAGCUUGCAAGAUGUUGGGGUACUUUGGAAACACAAAAGUCGACGGCCCGGAGGAGAAAACUUCAAACACACAAAGGUUUGAUAUUUGGCACAGUUUCGAACUCCCUACAAGAGAGGCUUUUUAUGAUUCGCUACCAUUUGACGUUGCAAUGCCGGAAGGUUUUGACAAUAGCGAUAGCUAA